AUGAUUUUGAUUGUCUUGGUGGCCUGCCUCGCAUGGACGGCCUACAUCCUCGCAUGCACUGGUCGCAAUUACCGCUCGGUCUGGGCGGCACACCCCGAGGUCCCCAUUCUCGUCAGCGUCGUCUUCCUCGGUGAGCCGCUCUGGCGCUGCCUCCAGUCCCUCCGCCCAGCCACGUACAACGACCGCUUCUCCAUCUUCUUCCAACUGCACAGAUUUCAGAAGCAUGCCUGGAACUUCUCCGAUAAAUAUGCCCUUCACGCGCGAUACGGCAAGUCAUUCUACUUGGUAACGCCCACUCAAUGUGAGUUCAUCACUGCGGAUGGUACCGUGGCUGGGGAGAUUCUGAGUCGGAGCCAGAGCUUUGCGAAACCGGUUGGCCUCCUAAGGAAGCUCGAUGUGUUUGGCAAGAGCCUCGCCUCAGUGGAAGGAAUAGACUGGAAGCGUCACUGUAGACUUACGGCCGGCGCAUUCAACGACCAGACGGACCAAGCAGCAUGGUACAAGGCAUUGGAUCGAGCGGCCGAUGUUCUAUCAACAUGGCUGGAGGCAGAGGCUGUCACGAGCACCAGCUCCGACAUGGCCCACAUCAGCAUGGAUGUGCUUUUCCAGGCCUGUCUCGCCCUCGAUGACGAAAGCAUUCUCAACCGUCCGAAUCUGUCUUUGGAUGACUGCAAGUCUAACCUAACCACCUUCUUGGAUAUGGUCUCGGGGACGAAGAAGCCAUUUCUCGCACGCGAUCGAGAAUCGCGGAAUGCGGGCGGAAUCAUCUCGGCCGCGCGACAUUUAAGACGCACAUUGGAGGAACUUAUAGAAUUUCGCCGACAGUGUCCCGCUGUCAAUCGUACGGACCUGAUUUCAAUGAUGCUGAAAGCAAGAGACAAGCUCUACCUCACUCCGGAGGAAGUCCGGGGUAACCUCUUCUUAUUCCUUUUCGCAGGCCAUGAGACUACGGCCAAUACUCUGGUAGCGAUUAUAUAUCUCCUCGCGAUAUUCCCCUCAUGGCAGGAGUGGGCUUUGCAAGAGAUCGAUUAUCUCUUGCAGGACAUCAGGGUGGAUGAACUGCCCAAUUAUAAGCUCUUUCGUUCUACUAAGCGACUCAGAGCUGUCAUGCUCGAGACACUACGGCUUUACGGACCGGUACUGAAUAUCCUAAGGGAGACUAAGCACCAGGGGCAGACAGUGGGUAUAAAUAAUGAGCGAUCGCUCAUCCCUAAGAACACCAAGGUACGCAUCAACAGUGUGGCCUUGCAUACCGACCCGGACACAUGGGGUCCCGACUCUUUGGAGUGGAGGCCGAACCGGUGGAUAUCAAGCAAUCCGCCUGGGCCUACCAGCCGUGACUGUUCAAUCCCCGUGAAUGAAUCGUACUGCACCAGCAUGGAAAGAAGGCUGCUUGCUUGGUCCGAGGGAGCGAGGGUAUGUCCGGGGAAGAAGUUUUCCCAGGUGGAAAUAGUGGCUGUCUUGAUCCAGUUGUUUCGCAACCACCGAGUGAGCAUUAUACCUCAGCCCGGACAGACGCUUGAGCAGGCGAGAAUGAAUGCGUAUGACCGCGUUCAAAACAGCGUUAUGAGACUUACCCUGCAUAUUGCAGACCCUGAAGCGGUUCGUGUCCGGUGGGACAUACGACGGUAA